AUGCCAUUAUCUGCAGGAAGUGGACAUCGUAACGUUGUCUACUUUCGAUGUUGUGUUAAUUCCCCUUCUGAUAAGGUUUCGUCAUGCUCGGACAUAUUUUUCUCACCCCCCCCCCCAUUUCCGCCCUUUUGUUGCGAGCUUCUCAUAACACCCCAUUCGGGUUGCUGCGUAUUCCCUAAUUUCUGUGUCUUCUUCUUCGUACUUUUGAACGUUUUAAGCAAGAGGAUGGAGACGAAGCGUAGUUUCGACUCUUUGGGCAUUCACCCAACAUUGGUCGAAGCGCUCCGCCGUGCUGGAGUACGGCCGACGCCGUUUCAGGCGCGCGUAUUAGAGAACACCACGACUGACCUCGCUGAUAUCAUCGUCGAUGCGCGUGCUGUGAGUGGCGAAAGUUCGAGUGGGGUAUCGGCCGCUGAAGGUGCCACUAACGCGCAACCGACGGUUUCCGAGCGAAACAACCUCAUGAUGAUAUUUGUGGCGCAUUGCGUGCUUUCCUCAAGAGAUUCGGCACGCCACAUAGGGUUAGUGUUGGCCAACAACAAGGAAAACGCUGGGCGUCUACAAAAGUGCGUGGCAAACCUUGCUGCGCGCUGCGGCAUUACCGUUGAAACGAUGACAAAUGAGGGGCAAAAACCACAGCUUCCAUCUGCUGAGGGAGAUGAAAGGGAAUGCAGCAGCAAUGGUGGGAAGCAAACUGAUGGUGAAGGAGAAUAUCGCAUCAUCAUUGCAACAAUGCGUGCACUACACUCCUGGGACAAAGCACUCUUUGCACCCGUCGUAACGUUUGCUGUGGAAGAUGCCAGUCGAAGUUUCGAUCCGCCGCUGGACGAUGUUCUGCGGUUGUUGACCCAACCGAACAAAACAGGGCAGGGGCAGUCUAAUCGUACUGGAUCGCCCUUGCCGUCCCCGGGGGCGCCCGCUUUCGUGCCCAACAUAUUCCUGAUGUGCCUUGCAUCUCCAGUUUCUUUGAAACAGAGUAUUAGGUACAGGUUAAACCGAAAAAACCGUCGGUAUUACCACAUACAAACUCCUUCUGAAUCACAUCCCCCUUCGCCGUCCCCCUCCGCAGGUGUUGGUGAUGCCACUCAGGACCCCGCAUCUGAGCAACUGCAUGUGCCACCGAGUACGACGCCACCUGCGUCAACGCAGGUUCUAUACCUGUUGUACAUCGAUGAGAAUGACCGUAUGGAGCUGCUGCAGCGUGUACUAAAAAUGUACGCGGGUCGUCGCACUCUGUUACUUACUCACCAUAAGGAGAUCCGACAGUUGCAUCAGAAGGUGAUUAAGUGGGACAUGUACAACACUACCGGAGAGGCGGGGGGAAAUGGCGGUGGGAGUAUAAAAGCGACGGAAUAUGUUCACUGCAUGCAGCGCACCGAUACUCCCGAGAGACAGGAGUCGACCGUGAUGGCCUUCAUUCGUGAAUCCACAUCCGGCAAUCGAGGUGGUGCCGGUAACAAAAAGUCAGUGCCGCCUACGCUCUUGAUCGGAUGGGAUACCUUUACCGCAAUAGAUCUCGUGGACGUGGAUGUGGUUAUCCAAUACUACCCACCGCAAAAGUCAAUUACGCGGCAGGAAUGUGUUGGAUUCGUGCAGGUGCUACACACGACGACUGACCCGAAAGUGGGUGGCCGAUGCCACCGCACGACGCUUAUAACUUUUCUUUCCACCAGCGACUUCACACUAGCCGCCUUCUUCAUGGAGCAGUACGGUCUUCGUGGCCAUAUACUUAACGUCACCCCGUCGCACCAUCACUUUGAGCGGUGCCUCCGCAAUUCGGCCGGUGUCUUGGAGUACAAACUGCGGAAGCAAUGCGAGUCACUUCAUGACGAGGGUUCUGAAUCUAAUGGCACGGCGCAGUGUUCGAUUCCCUUCUCGCGACCGCGUUCACGAAGGCGUGGUAAUGGAAACCGAAAUGCUGGUAGUAACAAUGGCGUCGGCACCAACGCUAGCACUCAAGCUAAUAUGAAUGCUGCUCCAAGCACGAGCAACAGUGACACCGAAACCCGCCGUCCGCUGGGGCGCCACCGUGGUUGA